AUGAUUUGUUCGUUGAAUAUUACUGAUCAAGAGUGGAGGAUAUUCAUUUGGUUUCUAAUCGAUUUUGAUGAUUCUGAGGAGACUGUGUUGCCGAUUUUCCCUUGGUUCUUUUGGGCUACACUCGCUUCAUCACCACCUGCAUCAACUUCGGGUUUUUUCCGGCAAUUCUUCUCGAGCGGUAACAUUUUAUCCCUUUACAGAACUUUCUCAAUUCGACACAUGUGGGAUUACGAAAAGAAACGACGCAUCUACAUAGCCAAUACAAUCAACGCGAACACCACGACCAUUGCCAUUGUUUCGGGGAUAUUCCUCACUGUUGGUGAGUUU